GCCCCAGCAGACGGAGAGUGGGUGCUGAGCGACAGGGUUUGGGUGCUGAGCGAGCGGCUGGGUGGGCGCUGGGCGCCGUCCGGAGCCAUGAUGCGCCAGCUGAGCCUGCGCCUGCUGCUGCUGCCCGUCCUGCCGUGGCUGGUGCUGCUGGUGCUGCGGGUGCAGCGCAUCGCCGAGGACCCUGCCACCGCCACCGCUGCGCCCAGCCAAAGCGCCGCCGCACCGCCACGCCAGCCCGGGCCCCACAAGUGCCGGGAGCGGGCGCCAUUCCUGGUGCUGCUGGUGGCGACGGAGCCGACGGACAUCGCCGGCCGACACGCCAUCCGGCAAACGUGGGGCAACGAGAGCGCGGUGCCGGGGGUCUCCAUCCUGCGGCUCUUCCUCCUCGGCAUGCAGCCGGUGUUCAGCGCGGCGCUGCGGGCGGCGCUGGAGGAGGAGAACAACCUGCACCGCGACCUCCUCCAGCAGGAUUUUUGGGACACCUACCACAACCUGACGCUGAAGACGCUGAUGGGGAUGGAGUGGGUCACCAGGCACUGCCCCCGGGCCGCCUACGUCCUCAAGGCCGACCGCGACGUCUUCCUCAACCUGCCCUACCUGGUGCGCCAGUUCCUGCUGCCCCCCAAGAAGAAUUUCAUCACCGGUUACGUCUACCGCAACACGGGGCCGUUGCGCAGCAAAGCCUACAAGUGGUACGUGCCGCGCCGGGUCUACCCCGCCGCCACCUACCCGCCCUACUGCGCGGGGCCCGCCUACGUCCUCUCCGGCGAUUUGGCUGCGAAAAUUUACCGCGUCGCCCAACACGUUGCCGGUAUCAACAUGGAAGACGCCUUUGUGGGCAUCUGCCUGCGGGCGCUGGGGGUCGGCGUCACCGACAGCCCCUGGGGGGGUCUUCAACAUGUACCACGUCGAGUACGAGCGGUGCCGCUUCUCCCGCCUGGUGAUGGUCCAUCACUUCCAGCCGCACGAGCUGCUCCGGAUCUGGCCGCACUUCACCGCGCCCAACGCCACAAUUUGGAGCCAGCCGAGCGUGCCGACCGCAUCGUCUCUCCCAGCGCCAGCACCGCGCCUCGGGGGCACCCGGUGGGCGACCACCCCCCCAAAACGGGCGGCCAGUGGCGUUGGGGGUGA